GCUGUCUUCUGGGAAAGGUAGUUCCGCCCCGCACAUCUCCCGCGCGCGCAGAACUGAGCGGAGUGGGGCGACUCCCACAAUGCACUGGGGGCGGCCCCGACAGGCACCCGCUCCUCCCCUCCCUGCAGCGCCGGGAGGGGCCCCGCGGCGGCGGCCCAGAUUCAGCCUGUGACAAUACCUGGGAAGAGUAUGAAUGUUUCCGAGAACUGGCUGUUCAAUGGUUCCUCGUUAGCAUCUCAAGUUCAUGCUGCUGCUAUUAAUGGAGAUAAGGGUGCCCUCCAAAAGCUAAUAGCAGGAAACCCUGAGUUGAAAGAUAAAGAAGACCAGUUUGGGAGAACUCCUCUCAUGUACUGUGUGUUGGCUGACAGGCUAGAUUGUGCUGAGGCCUUGCUGAAGGCAGGAGUAGGUAUUAAUAAAGCUGAUCAUAGCCAGAGAACUGCUCUCCACCUUGCUGCACAAAAGGGAAAUUAUCGCUUCAUGAAACUUUUACUUGCUCGUAGAGCAAACUGGAUGCAAAAGGAUUUAGAAGAAAUGACUCCUUUACAUUUAACUACCCGCCACAAGAGUCCCAAGUGCUUAGCUUUGUUGCUAAAAUACAUGGCACCAGGCGAAGUGGAUACACAGGACAGAAACAAGCAAACUGCUCUGCACUGGAGUGCCUACUACAAUAACCCAGAGCAUGUGAAACUUCUUAUAAAACACGAUUCUAAUAUUGGAAUCCCUGAUAUUGAAGGCAAAAUCCCACUUCAUUGGGCAGCUAACCACAAGGAUCCCAGUGCAGUUCUAACAGUCAAAUGUAUUCUGGAUGCUGCUCCCACAGAAUCUUUACUGAACUGGCAGGACUAUGAAGGACGAACCCCACUUCAUUUUGCAGUUGCUGAUGGGAAUGUGGCAGUGGUUGAUGUCCUGACCUCUUAUGAAGGCUGCAAUGUGACAUCUUAUGACAACCUCUUUCGAACUCCUCUUCACUGGGCAGCUUUACUGGGCCAUACACAGAUUGUCCAUCUCCUGUUAGAAAGAAAUAAGUUUGGAACCAUCCCAUCUGAUAGCCAAGGGGCAACACCCUUACAUUAUGCAGCACAGAGCAACUUUGCUGAUACAGUUGAAGUAUUUUUGAAACAUCCCUCUGUGAAAGAUGACUCAGACCUUGAGGGAAGAACAUCCUUUAUGUGGGCAGCUGGGAAAGGCAGUGAUGAUGUCAUCAGGACUAUGCUGAAUUUAAAAUUGGACAUAGAUAUCAACAUGGCAGAUAAAUAUGCUGGUACAGCGUUACAUGCUGCUGCCCUUUCUGGCCAUGUCAGCACUGUGAAAUUGCUCUUAGAACAUAAUGCACAGGUAGAUGCAACGGAUGUAAUGAAGCACACUCCACUUUUCCGAGCCUGUGAAAUGGGACACAAAGAAGUGAUACAGACACUCAUUAAAGGGGGAGCAAGAGUAGAUUUGGUUGAUCAAGAUGGCCAUUCUCCCCUUCACUGGGCAGCUCUGGGUGGAAAUGCUGAUGUAUGUCAAAUUUUGAUAGAAAAUAAAAUCAACCCAAAUGUGCAGGAUUAUGCAGGUAGAACUCCCUUGCAGUGUGCUGCAUAUGGAGGCUAUAUAAACUGCAUGGUCGUGUUACUGGAAAACAACGCAGAUCCAAAUAUUCAAGAUAAAGAGGGAAGGACUGCUUUACAUUGGCUGUGUAACAAUGGCUACCUUGAUGCUAUAAAGUUGCUGCUGGGUUUUGAUGCUUUCCCUAAUCACAUGGAGAACAAUGAAGAGAGAUACACGCCACUUGAUUAUGCUUUGCUUGGAGAACACCAUGAGGUGAUUCAGUUUAUGUUAGAACAUGGUGCUCUGUCUAUAGCUGCCAUACAGGACAUUGCUGCCUUCAAAAUCCAAGCUGUCUACAAAGGAUAUAAGGUUCGAAAGGCUUUCCAAGACAGAAAAAAUCUUCUAAUGAAGCAUGAACAGCUGAGAAAAGAUGCUGCUGCCAAGAAACGUGAAGAAGAAAAUAAGAGGAAGGAAGCAGAGCUGUUGAAGGGAAUGCAGAACCUGGUACUCAAUAGGGUGCAAGUACAGCCACAUCCUGCAAAUAGAGAGAAGAGUAACAGAACUCCUAGCACUCCACAGCUGUCUAGUAAACAAAUUGAUGUGCAUAGUAACAGGCUUUUCUGCAGUAGCAUUGCUCAAAACCAGGCAGGGAAAAACAAUAGAGGAUCACCUGCAACCUCUCAAAACAAAACGACACCAAAGGAAAAAUGUCUGUCUGCAGAACUACCAGGUGAAGAUCACAAAAACAAAAAAGAAUUAUCCAGAAAACACACCAAAAGCAAGACAGCGUGUGUCCAUUUCCAUUGUGGUAAAGAAAAUGAUGGAGCCAAGGUUGAAGCCAACCAUCAAGUUGUGGCGGCUACAGAGUGGUAUGGUGAAAAGCACAAGGAGCAGUCUGCAAGCCCGAAAGGCUUAGCACAUGGCAACGAAAAGCACAUCCCUUGUUGUAACACAGCCAGUGCAGGGGAGAAAUUAGCAGAUCAAAGUCAAUCUAUAGCUGGCAACAGAAGCCAUUGUGAAGGAACAACAGGGCACUUGCAGAAUAUUAACUGCACUGAUGGAAACUCAAGGAAUUCAAGGCAGUGUGAAACACUAUCAAAAGGCAAACCGCGCAUGCUGAAAGCAAGAAAAAAAGAGUUAAACAGUGAGAGAUGUUCCCCAGCUGGCUCCAGUAGACCUGGAAGUGCCAAAAUGAGAUUUGUAAACAUCAGAAAUGACAGUUCACAUGCCGUGGUACAAACUAACAAUGUAGCAAAUAAUGAAUUAGCAAAAAAGACCUGCCCUUUACUGUCUAUCAAAGCAGGAACUACAAGACCUGUGCCAAGUGAUCCAGUAGCAUGCGCUAUUUUUGAUGAUAGUCUGAACUUGGAAAAAAUAGAUAUAACGGGGUCCAAGAAUGCGGAUGAUGGAUUAUGUUCCCAUCUCACAUGUCAGAGUAUGAAUAUUGAACUUAUCCCAUUAGAGAUCCGUAUGCAGAUAAUAGAAAAGGAAAGAACAAGAAAAGAGCUAUUUCGGAAGAAGAACUAUGCUGCUACUGUUAUUCAGAGGACAUGGAGAAGUUACCAGCUAAGACAGAAGUUGGUCCAGCUUUUUAGUGCUGAGCGGCAAUGCAAAGAAGAUAAAGACAAAUGGAGACAAGAGACAGCUGCCUUUUUCAUCCAGGUCGCUUGGAAGAAACAGCUGAACCAUGGCCCUCUGAAAUCAGUGUCUUCAUGUAAAAACCUAAAAUCUAUAAAUAAAAGCAACUCAGCCAUAAAAACGAGCACGCAAUCCAUCCUUAAGCAGAUAUACGGGCGCUCUCAAGAAGGAAAAGUUUGCCAUCCAGCAAGACCUUCUUCAAAGCAUAAGCUUUCUGAUGUGCACGUGAUCUCAGUAAGCAACCUGCAGUAUGUUCAUCUGCUGGAGAAUGAAGGAAAAUUGAAGCAGUUUUCAUACAACAUGAGACCAACCACUGCUGCAAAGUCAAAAACCAAAAGACCCAAGCAUUAAGCAAAGCUGAGAAGUAGUAAUAGGGAACCUGAAAACAACUUAAAGACGACUCCCGAGUUCUACAGGAAUGUAUGAAAUCCUGCUUGUAAUUGAAAAAAGUAUACAAAAUAUUAAGCUAACAAAGGUAUUUUCCGUUACUGUAUUAUCUCAGUGCUAUAUGCCAAACCAGACUUCCAGGAAGUUGAACUCAUUUCCUGUACUAAUGAAAUGUAGAAUUAAAGAGUAAUUUAUUUACUGACAUUACAGAAUUUCAAAUUUCAUCAAGUUGAGAAGUAGGCUGGAAUUAGCAAUUUACAGAAUUUAUCAAAAUUAUCCAUAAAUAUGUUAUGAGAGUGUUAAUUACAGCCCUAUAUUCAGCCACAUAUGGGGUUUGAAAAAAACUUUAUAUAAUGAGCAGGUGCACUAUUGCCUUCUCUCUUCUCCAGCCCUAUCGAAGCACUUUUGAUUUAUGAAAGCUAAAAUAAAACUUCCUGGGAGAACAAUAUAAGCACAUAGUUUUCUCUAGGUAAAAAGCAUAAAACAAGCACUAGUUCUACACUUAAUUAGGGAGCUGAAAUUCCCUCUAGAUUAGAAACCCCUAUCACCCAGUUAAUAUUCAGAUCUAUGAAACAGCCAGUUUCUCAAUGCAAUCCACAUAUUUAUUCUUAAAUUUAAAGGGGGGGGGGGGGGAGUGAACUAAUAUGGUUCCCACCCUUUCCUUUGAGAGAUUAUUCCACACUCUGCUAUCAAGUGAAAAUUCCUAGUAUUGCUAUAUAUUACAAUUCUUUGUUCAUUUCCAUCCCAUUAUACCAUAGCAUACCCCCUCAGGAAUAUCCUAAUCAAUUUCUCUCCAUCCUUUGUAUUUACGACCUUUUAGAUGGCUGCCCUUCAUCAAUUACAUUUUUGGCUGAAAUUGUCAAUUUUUUAUUUUAGUCAAAAAAUGUUGCAAGUUUUUGUUUUGGUAUUUCCAAGUCAAAGUUUCUCAGAACUUUACAUCCCACAAAAAUUUGAUUUUACUUUUUGGGAUGAAAGCAAAUGCCAAAGUAUUGGAAUUUCCUGUGGGACUGAAAUCAUUUUUUCCAAACUGCUCUAAUCACAAAUUAGAUGUGCGGAGCCAGUUAUAUUAAAGGGUUAACUAUUUUAGAAAAUCUUUGUCCCUGUCUCUCAUUUCACCCCAAAUUCAGACUACCAAAAGCUUUGCAAUUACCUGUAAUAAGUAUCUGAAAAUCUAUGUAGAACAGAAAGUAUAGCCGCCACUAGGAAUGAGUGCAUCUGCUCAACAGCAAGCUGUGUGCUCGGAUUCUUCACUAAAGAGGAAUAUUGUGUUGAGCUCACUGUUAGAUACUAACAUAGUGGUAGAAAUUGUGACUGAAAGAAAGGACCAUGUUAAUUAAGUUUCUAGGGUGAAAGGCUGGCCCUAUAGAAGUCAGUGGGGCCGGGAUUUCACCACUUCACCCUCUCCCCUCAAAACAAAGUAAAUUUCUUUGUUAGUGAAAUAGUCAUGAAAUGUUUUUAUA